AUGGGGGCCGAGGCGCGGGGAGCGUCUGGCUCCUCCACGGAGCCCCUGAUAGACAGCUACUCUGUGGAUGCGGGGGAGAGCGGGGAUGAUGAAAAUGAAGGCGGCGGUGAUUGCGACGACGACAGCGGGGAGGAAAGCGAGGGAUGCGCAAAGGGCGGUGGGGCUGGAUGGGGUCGCAGGGCGAACGGCUGCAUGGGGGUCUCCAAACCGUGCAGCCAGCAGUCGAGGUUCCUGAUCCUGGACUCGCAGUCCUCUCACUCGCGCCGAGGCACCCGCGGCGCCUCCAGGUUCGUCAGCAUGGGCACGCCGUCCUUCGAUUCGUCGUCAUGGUCGGGGUCCUCCGACACCUACUCUCCGCGACCGGGGGCAGCGCCACCCGAUGCGGUGGCGCUGGGCUUAGCGGACUUGAUGUCCAGGGGGUCGACGUGGGCGUCGGUGAACAGCAUCUUCACUUGGGGCCACGACGACUGCCCUCCCGAGUCCAGGUUCAUCCACAUUGGGGGCGACCAGUCGUCGGUCGACAGUGACGUGCCCUCCUCAGCCGGCAGCCCGCCGACGCCCGUGUGCCAACUGAGCCGUGCCACCGUUGAGCUGCAGGACGCGAUCAAUCGCGCCCUGACGGUGAACGGCGAGCAGCCCGCGUCCAACCUGGGCGCCGGCAUACUGGCUGCCCUUAGAGAUAUGAAGUCUUCAAAGGGCCUGGCGCACCAGGCUGACAUGCGUCCCCAAGGCGGACCACAAAAGGCCGUGUGGAGUGAUGAGGACGGAGUAAGGGGAUGUCAUGAGCCCGUGCCGGCAGAACUGCUGGUUGGGUGCCAGAGCGAGCUCACAACAUGGUUCAACAACCCCCUCAGAAGCGAUUCCGGGGAGGAAGACGAACGGGGAAAGAGUUUGGGGGCAAGCAUAAUCCUUCCCGUUGCGCAGCAAAGGGAGGAGAACGAGACACUGAAGUUGACGGACAUUUUUGACGGCGCCAUGUCUGUGGACAAGAGCCUGCUGCAGCAGCUGGAGCGCCAGGGAGGGCAGUGUGCCCUGCAGUCCGCAGAGGUGCUGUCGUUGCUGUCGUCAUCGUUGUCGUCGAUUUCUUCCCCUGAGGAGGUGAGCUCUGCACCCCAGAUGCCUGAGGCUGCUAUAGAUUUGCCCAUGACAAACCACAGUGGCGCGGCAAGCCAAGAAUCCCUGCAGUCAGCAAGCGAUGACUCCGAAGCAGAGUGUGGGACUGACGAAUGCCAGGCAGAUGGCUGCAGCUACACUUGUGACUGUGGGGAGAGGAUUGCCCCGGCAAAGGAGCAAUGCAGGGGGAUCAGCCUCUUGUUUGACUGUGUGGAUGGCCGCAGCCACCAGAAGCAGCAGGUUUUCCAUGACUCGGCAAUCACCCUGGGGGAUUGCACUGGUGGGACCGCGACCCGAUCCCUGGUGUCACAGCCAUUUGAAGAGCAUGGCCUCACCUGGGGUUCGUCAGCCGCCAGCAGUUCCCUCUGCCUGUUUCCAGACUUUCCCUAUUUGGAGGCAAAGAAGGAUUGCUCGACUUCUGGCACUGCUCCAAAGGCUGGCGACCCAACACCAUCGUCAAAGGAAGUGGACCAAGAGUCCUUGGACUCUAAUGAGUUCCAUGACUGCCUCUCUGACGAUACUGUGGAAGAGACUACGGCUUCCCCCAUCGCCAAACCUCGACGAGACAGUGUUCAAGGCGGUGCCCCUCACACCAUUGCGAUUCCAGACCUGGAGCUUGGAAAGGUGGCCUUUGGCAGACAUGGCCAACGGGAUGCAGGCCCAGCACUGAGCCAGGCAGCCAAAAACUGCGCAGACCCCUUCUCCCUGACGCCCAGAAGUCUGGAACGAUGGCAGCAGGAGCUCAAGCUGAUAUGGAUGGGGGAAGACGACGAUGACUUGGUGGCAGAGGUGCAUCGUGGCACGUCCUGCAACAUGGGGACGGCCAGAAUGCCUCCGUUGUUGGAGGAAGACGAGGCUGGUUGGGAUGAGGGGACCACUUCCAUCAGCCCUGUCAACAGCCCUGUCAGUUCCCCACAGCAGACGUGCUUCGCCGAGGACUGCUUCGUGGAAGACACCGCCAGAACAUGUGGACAUGUCAGUGUUGCGGAGGAGAGGGCGAAAGCCGACCUUGGAGAUGUGGUGGAGGGCGGGGAGCUGCAGGAUGGUGCAGCUGUGGAUGCUGUGGGAAGGGUGCUCUUGGAGCUGAAGAGCGCCUCUCCAAGGAAAGGAGGACCCGGCAGUGAACCGGGGUCGCGAUUGGGUGGCAUGCACAGCUGUGCGAGGUUCGAUGCGCCGGCGGGAUCUGGGGGCGGGCACAGAAAGAAGUCGGUUUUGAAGAGCGUCAAGUCUCAGCUGCAGAAAUUGACGCAGGUCGUGACUUGCAAUGGGCCGCUGCCCCUUUCAUCGGGAGCGACGGGCGACUCUGCCGGCAGGACUGAGCUCGAAAAGGCGAUGUUGGCAGGGGGUCAACGAGUCCCAAGAACGUCCCAAGAACGAGUUGAGGAGGGGUGA